AUGGAAGAGCGGCCGUCUUCCGACCAGGACCCGGGAGUGCAGUCUGCGACCCCACCAGAUACCCAAGAGACGCAAAAGAUUGAAAGGAUCGAAUCUGAGCUGACUCAAGAGUCGGGACGCGUCCGCGAUGAUGGACGAGUCACCGUGAAUCUAAAGUCCAAAAUUGCCAAAGCGUUCGCUCAAAUUGCCGAAGAACAAGCAGAACGCUUCGGGCGCCCCUCCACUGUGUUUCACGAGGCCGAAGCUGCCAUCCCGGUCUUUUGUGACGUAAAACUGAACAUCGUCAUUCAGAUCGUAGGAAGCCGUGGAGAUGUACAGCCCUUCAUCGCCCUGGGUAACGCCCUGCAAUCCCAUGGCCAUCGAGUCCGCAUCGCUACGCACGAUGUCUUUGCGGACUUCGUACGGAAAUCAUAUCUAGAAUUCUUCCCCAUUGGGGGCGAUCCCGCUAAACUCAUGGCGUACAUGGUCAAGAACCCUGGUCUCCUGCCACGGAUGGAAACAUUGCGUGACGGGGAAAUCAAGAAGAAGCAGGUAAUGGUCGGGGAAAUGUUAGAUGGAUGCUGGAGGUCAUGCAUCGAAGAUGACCCUAUCACGCAAGAACCAUUUGUCGCGGACGCGAUCAUCGCUAAUCCCCCCCAGUUUCGCCCAUGUCCAUUCACCAGUGUUUUCCCACAUCCUUUGGCGGACCUUACGGCAGGCGCUGAGAACGAGGAAGGCAAAGCAAACUGGGUAUCAUACGGGGUGGUAGAAUGGCUGACCUGGCAGGGGCUUGGCAAUGUGAUCAACAAAUGGAGAUCUUCGAUCGAUCUACCCCCAGUCCCAGCAACUGAAGGGCCUUGUUUAGCGGAGACCUUAGAGGUUCCGUUCACUUAUUGCUGGUCACCAGCAUUGGUGCCCCGGCCAUGGGAUUGGCCGGCUCACGUUGAUCUAGCGGACUUCUUACAAUCAGGCAACCCACCUGUGUACAUUGGCUUCGGCAGUAUUGUUGUCGACGACGCGGAGAAGUUGAUCAACACUGUUAUAUCGGCGGUCUCAAAAGCCGGGGUCCGCGCGGUCGUGUCCAAAGGUUGGAGUGAGUUAGCUGGGGCCUCCGAUCCAAACAUAUUCUACAUUGGCGACUGCCCGCACACAUGGCUAUUUCAGCACGUUGCCGCUGUGGUUCACCAUGGUGGAGCUGGAACGACGGCUUGCGGCCUUGUCAAUGGACGGCCGACUACCAUUGUGCCAUUCUUUGGCGAUCAACCUUUCUGGGGGAAAAUGGUCUCGAAAGCCGGAGCCGGCCCAGAUCCCAUCCCGCACGCGGAACUCACUGCAGAAAAUCUAGCAAACGCAAUGCAAUUCUGUCUCACACCGGAGGCCGCUGCCGCAGCGCAGGGUAUUGCCGCCAAGAUGCAGCAUGAGACUGGCGUGGCAACAGCUGUGAACUCGUUCCAUCGGAAUUUGCCCCUCGACCGAAUGCGCUGUAGUAUCAUGCCGAACCAGCCUGCUGUGUGGGAAUAUAAGAAAGGCAAACAGUCCCUCACUCUCUCCAAGGUAGCUGUCAAUAUUCUAGUGGAGAAUAAUAAGAUCGAGGUCAGCAGGCUUGAGCGGCACGCGAUCAAACCGAUCAUCAUCGAGAAUCGGCGAUGGGAUCCGUUGACUGGUGUCUUGUCCUCUUUGACUGGCACUGGUCUGGAUAUGGCAAAAUCAACACAGGAUAUGUUUCGAGAGCCAUACAGAGAGUACAAACGAGCUCGAUCUUCAAACUCACUUGAGAAGAGCGAAUCUGCAGGUUCGCCAAGCUCGGGUUCCAGCUCAGCGAAUCGGGACCCAUUUGAAACGUCUGGCAAUAUGGCAGGUGCUUCAUUGAAAGCCUUUGGGAAAUUCUCCGCAUCAUAUUUCAGAGGCAUGACGGUCGAUCUCCCGUACGCUGCAGCCGAGGGUUUCAGACGAGCACCUCAAUGGUACGGGGAGAAACCUAAGGACUACGGAACCGUUAGCGAUUGGAAAUCCGGCAUCAAGGUUGGAGGCAAGAACUUUGUGGGUGGUAUGACCAGCGGGAUUGCUGGAAUGAUCAAAGAACCUUUGAGAGGUGCUCUAGAAGAUGGAUCCGACGGUGCAACCAAGGGUCUGAUCAAAGGAGCGCUGGGAAUGGCCACAAAGAUGCCCUCUGGUGAGUCUCCUGGCCCUUCUCGUACACGACUAAAGAUCUUUGCUAACGCUGGUAUCAACUCUGUAGCCGGUAUCGGGCUCAUGGCGUAUCCUUUUCAGGGUAUCGCUAAGAGCAUAGAGGCUUCUUUCAGGACGAAGACUCCCAAGGCUAUUGCGGCUGCACGACUAAGAGAAGGGUUUGCUCUCACGGUUGGAAUGGAGAUUUCUCAAGAGGAGAAGGAAGAGAUACUGCAACUUUUCGAUGUUCUUCUUAGCUCAAUGGGUUGA